AGCUGCCACGUGAUCGUGUUUCGGCAGUCGCCGUACCGUGACUAUAAUCCCGUCCUCGAGUCUUGCUCGAGUCUUUGACAAUGAUCCCACGCGCGCGCAUUCAUUGUGAGCUUUACAUGGUGACGCGGUGACCAAAAUGGGACAAGGCCGCUUGCAUUGUCGCCAGUGGCAGCACAGCCUCGCGGCCGAAUGCUACAAGUACAAUGCCCGGGUGAGUGAUGAGUCUCGGACACGAACCUCCACCAUCUCCAGGACGUGAGUGACUGGACCUGCCACUCGUUGUUCGUAGACGAGUGAGCCUCGCCGGCGAGGCCUGCACUCGACACUCCUUGUUACCAUUCCAUAAGACCUAACCACAGUAGAUUCAUGGCACCCAUCAGACACGAGAGGAGGACCAGGGGCCACCGGGUCACCUAUCGGGACCGCAUCCUGAAUGGUGUCUGCCUCCUGAACAUCAAGGUGGAACUCGACGGGACGACCAGCCCGUCUGAUUUCAUCGAGCAACUUGUGAGGGACUAUUCGCGCCAAGCGGGAGAAGUGUUCCCUAACGAGAAGAGAGCGAACACCGAACUGCGUACACAGCUCGCGGCACUCAUCCUCGAGGACACUCUUCAGUGGGAUGGUGCCACAGGGAUGAUUUCUAUAUCUGACGCAUCCAGGAAAAGACUCGACCCUGUUACUAAAUGUUACACCGGUACCGACAAAGACGACUACCCGACGACAUACGCGCACCGUGCACAACUGCGUGAGCUCUUCCCAGGCCCCAAGCCGCCAAAGACCAAGUGUGACCGCAUGUGGCAGACCAUCAAGUUAAGGGAAAAGCACCUCAAAGUCUGCUCUGAGCUCAGGGUGAACAAGCUCGCCGCUCCGGCGCAAGAGUCCACUAGCUCCAACCCAACCCAAGAGAACGUGCCAGCCGCCCCUUCCACGCCUGCCCGCUCGCCGGGCGCCGCCGCCCCCUUGAGCAGGGCGCACUCGAGCCCGGUUGUGUACAAGAGCGAAUACGCCCGACAGCCGGCUGCACCAGGAAACAUACGGGCACCCCUACUUGACCCUAGUGUUAGCUUCGCGCCUCAGACGCCCGUCUCCAACCCCCGCCCGGUUCGCAGGAUCGACACCAUUCGCGAGGAGUCACCGUCGCCGACUGUAUCUCGCCGCGACUCGACGCGCGCCCACGCGCGUGCUCCAGACCCACAAGACCCAGACGAACAUGAAGACGGGAUGGACGUGGACGACGGCGAGGACGAAAACAAGAUGGACGUGGACGCCCAAGAGCUCGUCCCUAUGACCCCGGGCCCGUCCUUCAUCGACAAAGGCAAGGGUCUCAUGUGGACUAUUGCGAGCGCAGUGGCUGGUGUCGCCUCGCCGAUGCGACUGCUCAGUGGGUCCGCGUCCCAGCCUGAGGGGCCAAUCCCUGCGUGUCCGGACGCGAGGGACGACCUGAUCACUGCGCUCGAAACGCAGGUGGCGGACCUUCGGGCGCGCCUAGACGCCGCCCUGCGCGACGUCACUGCGAAGGACCAGCAGAUCGCGGACCUGCAGGAGCAGCUUGCGCAGAAGCAGGCGGCGCUAGCGGGCCUGGUGAACGGCUUCCUGCCUGCGAUGCCCGCGUUGGCGGUAGCAGUGAGGCAUGUUCGUGGUGCCGGCGUGUCCCUCGCUGAAUGUGCUUAAAGCUUGACACCGUGUUGUUCGUGUAACAGACCAGUCUCGUCUGUCUGGCACUUGGCUCGUUCCUGGUUAUUGUAUUUUUCCACUCUGGAUGUCUCGUGUAUAAGUCUGUCUCCUCACGCUGUAUUGCCCUGUAUCGUAUUGUAAUCUCGCCAUAGUCGUGCUGGCUUCUCGAAUGUUGAUGCUGGUUCAUCGCGAUCCUGUAACUCAAGUCCCACCCACGUAGACA